CCUGGCCUGGUAUCUGGAUACCGUGUCUAAUCCCUUGCAGAUACACAGGGGAUUUGUGAUUGUGUAGCGUCACGUCGGAUAUCUGAGCUCAUACUAGGCGGCCCCACACGCAGAGACCAUGUACUGCCUCCAGUGGUUACUCCCGGUCCUCUUGAUCCCCAAACCGUUGAAUCCGGCCCUGUGGUUCAACCACUCCAUGUUCAUGGGCUUCUACCUGCUCAGCUUCCUGUUGGAGAGGAAGCCGUGUACCAUUUGUGCCUUAGUCUUCCUGGCGGCGCUGUUUCUCAUCUGCUACAGCUGCUGGGGAAACUGCUUUCUGUAUCACUGCCACGAUUCUCCACUGCCGGACUCAGCACACGACCCCAACAUCGUUGGCACCUAGACUCGGAUUUCCGCACAGACCCUGGGGCCGUCUCAGUCCGGACUGUGAGUAGAAGAGCCGCGGGGAAUGCUGGAAAGUUUCAGUUCGUUAUACCCAUGUUGAAAACCGCUCUCCGCUGUAACCCAUAACAAAGCGCCCUCGCUCCCUGACUCGAGUCUCCUCUCCGCGGCCAAGGGCGUCUGAAGCUUGCAUGGGUUCCAUUCUCGUUGUGUUCGGUGCACUUUCUUUCAUUUCUGGAUGCUGAAUUUUUCCAAAGGGGUAGAUGAUAACGUGUGUGCGUGUGUAUACGUUUGUAUAUUGCGAUUUUGGGUUUCUGUUCAUGUGUCAAGAAUCAGUAUGAGUCCAAGUGUUAAGCGGAUAAACGGCGGAUGAAUUUUGUCAUGUACGUUGAGCUGAAGGCGUGCUUCUGCACUGCUGAGUCAGCUCAAAUGCUGUCACCACUUUUAAUUCAAUAAAGUUUCUAAUGAUCUAAGUUGA